UAAUAUCUAAAACCCCAUUUAUUUUCUUCUCCUUCGACCCUCCAAAAUUAUAAUUAUAACAGAAAUAAAAGCCCUAGAAUCAUCGUCAUCGAAGAUAAUGAAGGCAGCAGGCGAUGAAGAACAAGACGGCCUCUCCGUUCAUUCCCCAGCCAAAGCUCCCCAUUCAUCGGCAUCCUCUUUGCCUAAAGAGCACUCGCAAGUCGAUUUGGAACUGAGGGUUUUGGAGGCUCUCGAAAUCUAUCCUCCCGCCAAAUUGAAAGGUGUGCAUCGGCAUUUUGUUCUUUAUGGGAUGAUGGAAUUUCUGCGGAGGAGUUUCGAUAAACACUUCUCAGCUGAUGAAAUUUUACAGUUGUUGGAUCGUUUCUUCAAUUUGGAAAUGCUGAAACCUGAUGAUGAGGAGAUUGACACUUUGAAUCAAGAGGAAGAUUUUUCGCUACCACAGCAUUUCUUCAUUAAGGAAGAGCAAUGAUGUGUACUCACAAGGUUUGCUUAGUGCACGAAGAAGAAAGUACCCGAGUUUUUCUCCAGGAUAUCGAUACAUUAGCGAGGACAUGUUAGAUCAAUGCAAAUAGUGUAAGGUCCUUUUGUUGAGAUCUCUCUUUUGCUAAAACUACCAAACAUGUCUUGUAAAUUUCCUGUGUAUAUCAUGUCUCGUUUAAUUUGCUCUGUGAUGGUAAUUUGAUUUGGGCUGUGAGUGUAGACUU